AUGGAUGUUGAUAUCAGCAAUUAUGAUAAUAAUAACAAUAAUAGUGAUAAUAAUAGUGAAGAGAACAUUGAUAGCAAUGAUAAAAACUAUAAUAAUAAUGGUAAUGAUAGUAAUAAUAAUGUCGGAGAGUUUGAUAACGACAAUGUCAACUAUUAUUGUGCAGUUGAGACUGAUGAUGUUGCUAAUCAUAAAAUAUCAAGUCAUCCAUCUCAAUUAUCCCAGAAAUCUUUGGAAAGUAAUACUUCUCGUAUAAUCUCUGAUUAUGAAGAUGAAAUGCCAAAACAACAAGUUCCAAAAAUUGAUAUAAUGACACCAGAACUUGCUGCGGCUUUGGAUAGAGCUAACGUGACUAGUAGGAUGGCGACUUACAUUAUUGCUGCUUUAUUAUCUUGCUUGAACAUUGAUUGUGCAAGCGUAAACUUUAGUCAUGUGACUAUUCACCGAGCAAGGGAAAAAUUCCGGAAAGAAGCGGCGUUAAAUCUGAAGACUAAUCUGGAAACUGACAAUUAUGUACUACAUUUUGAUGGAAAACUGUUAUCAGAUAUUACAGGUACAGAACAAGUUGACCGGCUUCCGAUUAUUUUAUCAUCAUCAGGUAAAUUUCAACUGUUAGGAGUUCCUAAACUAGAAUCUGGGACUGGACAAAACCAAGCUUCAGCUAUUAUUAAAACAGUAAAACAAUGGGAUAUUAAUACUGACAACAUCAAAGCAUUGUGUUCUGAUACUACGGCGUCAAAUACGGGUAAAUAA